AUGCGCCGCUCUGCAUUGCGGGCCCUCGAGUCCGCGAGGCCCAUCGCCCGAGCUCCUCGCUCGGUGUCGAGGAGCUUUGCUACCCUUAAUGAUUCCGCCAAGGAUCCAUCCGACCUUGAUCAGAUUACCACACUCCCGAACGGAAUUCGCGUCGCCACCGAGUCAUUACCGGGUCCCUUCUCAGGCGUCGGAGUCUACGUCGAUGCCGGCUCUCGCUACGAAGAUUCCAGCCUGCGCGGAGUCAGUCAUAUCAUGGAUCGCCUAGCAUUCAAAUCGACGAAGCAACGUUCCGGAGAUGAGAUGUUGGAGGUCCUUGAGGCUUUGGGAGGCAACAUCCAGUGCGCCUCCUCGCGAGAGUCAUUGAUGUACCAGUCUGCCAGCUUCAACUCGGCGGUCCCGACCACCCUGGGUUUGCUGGCAGAGACAAUUCGGGAUCCUCUCAUUACCGAUGAAGAGGUACUUCAGCAACUUGCGACCGCGGAGUAUGAGAUUGGUGAGAUCUGGGCAAAGCCGGAACUCAUCCUGCCGGAGCUGGUCCAUAUGACUGCUUACCAAGAUAACACACUGGGCAACCCUCUGCUUUGCCCCGCCGAGAGACUGGGCGAAAUCAACAAGGCUACUGUCGAAAAGUACCGAGAGGUCUUCUAUAAUCCGGAUCGAAUGGUGGUGGCGUUCGCUGGAGUCCCUCAUGCGGAGGCCGUCAAACUCACCGAACAAUACUUUGGCGACAUGCAGGCGAGAGACAUUACCAAGGGUCCUGUCCUGUCCGGAUCCGGUAUUGAUUCUACCCUUUCCGACUCCCACGCUGCGGCGAAGGAGGGUCAGAUCCCGACCGUUCCUCAAUUCACGGCCACGUCGACUGUGACCAGCCCUGCCGCGUCGCAAAACACGAACUCCUCGUUCCUUUCGAAGCUUCCUUUCCUCAAGAAACUCUCCACUUCCUCACAGAAAAAUGCCGUCGUCGAGCCUCUUGACCCAUCUCUUAUCGAGCCUUCGACAUUGGAUCUCCGCCGACCCGCUCACUAUACCGGAGGUUUCAUUGCGCUCCCUAUCUCUUCUCCGGAUAUCUACGCUCUUGCUACUCUCCAGACCCUGCUGGGUGGCGGUGGCUCCUUCUCGGCUGGCGGCCCCGGAAAGGGCAUGUACUCCCGGCUUUAUACCAACGUGCUAAACCAGCACGGCUGGGUUGAAAGCUGCAUUGCUUUCAACCAUAGCUAUACCGACAGCGGUAUCUUCGGUAUCUCUGCCUCCUGCAGCCCGACUCGGACUACGGAGAUGCUCGAGGUGAUGUGCCGCGAGCUGCAGUCUCUUACCUUGGACAAUGGAUACUCUGCUCUGCAGACACAGGAGGUCAACCGCGCAAAGAACCAACUGCGUUCUUCGCUGCUCAUGAACCUUGAGUCUCGCAUGGUGGAACUCGAAGACCUUGGACGUCAGGUCCAGGUGCACGGCCGCAACGUCGGCGUCCGCGAGAUGUGCGAGCAGAUUGAAGCCUUGACUGUUGAAGAUCUCCGCCGUGUGGCCCGUCACGUUUUCGGUGGCCACGUCCAGAACAACGGCCAGGGUACUGGCAAGCCAACAGUUGUCCUGCAAGAGGGCGAGCUGGAAGGAUAUAAACCUCGGUCUUUCCCCUGGGAGGAAAUCCAGGAGCGCAUCUCUCGGUGGAAGCUUGGCCGGAGGUAA